ACCGGCCCCCUGCACCAACGCGGCCACAGUCAGCAUCCACCAGUGCAACAUCUCACAGAUCUUUCAUAAGACUUUUUCUGGUCGGCCGCUCGUGACGGGCUCAUUUGGACUGGGUCGAUUCUGAUUGUUCGAAGAGAGAAAAUGGCUUUGAGGGGACCUUUGUUCCGUCUUCUCAGAACUCAACUGGGCCACACUUGCCAACAAAGCAGAGCUCAGUCCGUGGCGGUGCUGGGCGCCCCGUUUUCAAGAGGACAGAAAAGAAGAGGAGUGGAACACGGUCCUAAAGUCAUCAGAGAUGCGGGGCUCAUCGACAGGCUCUCCGGUUUGGACUACUCCAUCCACGACUUUGGCGACCUCAACUUCAAGCACUUUGAGAAGGACGAAUCCUACAUGGAUGUGCGCUUCCCUCGCAAUGUGGGUGCAGCCAAUAAGAUGCUGGCUGGCGCGGUGAGCAGAGCUGUCGGCGCAGGACACACCCUCGUCAUGCUGGGAGGCGAUCACAGCCUUGCCAUUGGAUCAGUGGGAGGCCACGCCCAGCAGUGUCCUGACCUGUGUGUCAUCUGGGUUGAUGCUCACGCAGAUGUAAACACGCCCAUGACUUCUCCAUCAGGAAACCUCCAUGGCCAGCCCGUGGCAUUCCUGCUUAAAGAGCUGCAAGACAAGAUGCCAGAUAUCCCAGGGUUCUCCUGGAUGAAGCCAGUCCUGUCCUCGAGGGACCUGGUGUACAUCGGACUGCGGGACGUUGACCCCGGAGAGCACCACAUCCUGAAGAACCUGGGUAUCCAGUACUUCACCAUGAGGGAUAUCGACAGACUAGGCAUCCAACGGGUCAUGGAAGUCACUUUUGACCACCUUCUGGCAAGAAAACAGCGACCCAUCCACUUGAGCUUUGACAUCGAUGCAUUCGACCCGUCUCUGGCUCCAGCCACAGGAACGCCAGUGAACGGAGGUCUGACCUACAGGGAGGGAAUCUACAUCACAGAGGAAAUCCACAACACAGGUCUGCUGUCCGCCAUGGACAUGGUCGAAGUAAACCCCAUUCUGGGGGCCAACCGCGAAGCCAUGGAGGCCACCGCCUCUUUGGCGGUCGACGUCAUCGCGUCGUCUCUGGGACAGACAAGAGAGGGCGCUCACUCGUCCAUCGAUGAGAUUCCUCCUGUGAAGGACGACACAGAGCAGCUCCGCCUCUGAGAGCAUGAAGCAAAGUGACGGACUUUACCAACAUCAUCCCUGAGCAUUCCACAAACAGACUGAAUCUAAUCGCUAAUCGCUCCUUCCCACCUCUUUGCUGUUUAUUAUGUCACAGUGAAGACAAAAUUAUCUCUGGAUUCAUAAAGCCAUGAAAUGGCUUUACAGAUCUGAGGCCAGACACAUUAAUAAUAAUUCACAUUACUAAUGCUGAGACUAUAACUUUUGGCAUAAUUUAGAAACCACUACGUGUAACGAUGGGAAAACUCUUCAUUUUAACAGCUAAAUUUAUUUUUCUCCUGUAUUUAAUAAGUUAAGUGUUAGAAGACACAGCUGUCACAUAUUUAUUGUGAGUUUGGUUUAUAAGAGAAUGAACCUGCCGCAGAGGUAUGAUAAAUUGAGUUUGACUUAGUUUGCAGUCCACAGUCUAAUGUGGACUCUCCAAACUGUUUUGAGGCUGUGCCAGUUGCUAAAGAUGUGUUUGCACUUUCGAACUAGCCGUGGUUACUGUAUUUUAUUUAGAGGUUGCUUUUAUAUUUUCACAAUGAACCCCUGAGUACCUGUACUAGAAUUACUGAGCGAAUACAUAUUUACUGACGCCAGUAUUCAUUGGCUUGAAAAUUGAUAUCCAGCUUUGAUUCAAAUGCUGUUUUUUUUUGUUUUUUUUUUUUGCUUGAACUAUCUAAUUCUUGGUCCAUGUUUGACUUGACGUGGCCACUGGAUGACAAUUGUCCUUGUAACAAAGAGUUUAUAUUUUGGUCUUCCAUAAACGUGAUUACAUUUUU